AUGACUCUGACAAUCGCGUGCUUCCCUAGAGAAGUACCGACAUUCGACAAUGUGUUGAAUGACAAAGCCCCUUAUCCAUACAGCCUAAAGUCCUUCAGAGACUACGCAUCACAAAACCAUUGUUCCGAGCCCCUGGAAUUUCUGGAAGAGCUUAAACGAUACAAACAAAAAUAUCGCUCUGCCCUUGGCUUGGACGGCUCACGUCGCUCCUCUCGCCCAUCAUUAACACCACAGCUGCUUCUGGCCUGGAGAAAUAUAUUAUCUGUCUACAUCACGCCUGGGUCUUCACAAGAGCUUAAUUUGUCGACGGAGGAGCGGGACUCUCUACUUCAAUAUAAUGACACAUCGUUUCCACCAUCACCCUGUUUGAUUGACGAAGCGGUAACACGCAUAUCGCAGUCAUUCGAGUCAUCUAUCUUUCUUCCUUAUCUUACCAGUCGGGCCUUGCUAGUUCAUGCAACCACUUCGGAAGAUACACAUCUCGAAGAGGACGGGGUGGGCAUGAUCUAUGAUAAGUUGGCCCUAUCAUCAACGGAAUCGGAUAUGUCUGAUGAUUCAUCAGAGAUUAUCAGCACAACAGCCCACAUGGAUCAGAAAGGUUGGAGAGAGAGCAAGAACGUGGUAUUCAAGAAGUUACUAUCUGUUCUCGCCCAGCCAGCCCGAUCCAUUCGAGCAUAUCAAAGGGCCUCUCAGCCUUCUUCUCGGAAUAGGGGCUGA